AUGGCUACUCUCUGUAGGGUGUUCAGGCAAAGUUUGUUGAAAAAUUCACUUUUUCAAGCCUCUAGAUGUUUAGGAAUUCGAAAUUUCUCAGUGGAUAUAGACGAUGAUGUAUCAGGGAUCACAUCUGAGCAAAAACAGUUGAGAGAGACAGUGAGCAACUUCUGUCAGAAAGAAUUAGCCCCAUAUGCAGAUCAAAUUGAUAAAGAAAAUAACUUUCUGCAGUUAAGGGAUUUCUGGAAAAAUCUUGGCAGCUUAGGACUUUUAGGAAUAACAGUUCCAGAGCAACUUGGUGGAUCUGGCCUUGGAUAUUUGGACCACUGCAUUGUUAUGGAAGAGAUAAGCAGAUAUUCUGCAUCAAUUGCCCUCAGUUAUGGAGCACACUCCAAUCUGUGUGUCAAUCAAAUUUCCAGAAAUGGCAGUGAUGCUCAAAAAGAAAAGUACUUGCCUAAGUUAUUAAGUGGUGAACAUAUAGGUGCCUUAGCUAUGAGUGAGACAACAGCAGGAUCUGAUGUGGUGGCCAUGAAAAUCAAGGCAGACAAGAAAGGGGAUUACUAUGUUCUGAAUGGGACCAAAAUGUGGAUAACAAAUGGACCUGAUGCUGAAGUUCUGGUAGUUUAUGCCAAAACUGACCCCAGCAAUCCUAAACCACAACAUGGAAUAACUUGCUUUUUAAUUGAAAAGGGUAUGGAAGGUUUUACAACAAGUCCCAAACUGGACAAACUUGGAAUGCGAGGAUCCAACACCUGUGAAUUGGUAUUUGAGGAUUGUAAGGUUCCAGCUGCAAAUGUGAUGGGAGGGGAAGGGAAAGGCGUUUAUGUCUUAAUGAGUGGUUUGGAUCUGGAGAGACUUGUGCUGGCAGCUGGACCUGUAGGGGUGAUGCAGGCGUGUCUGGACGUUGCAUUUCCAUACGCACAUCUGCGAGAGAGUUUUGGAAAGAAAAUAGGUGAACAUCAGUUAAUCCAAGCCAAGAUGGCAGACAUGUACACGCGCCUUAGCGCAUGUCGAACCUAUGUCUAUUCAGUGGCACGGGCUUGCGAUACGGGGCAUGUCAACUCCAAGGACUGUGCUGGUGUAAUUCUUUAUGCUGCUGAAAAUGCAACUCAAGUUGCGUUGGACGCUAUUCAAAUUCUCGGUGGAAAUGGCUACAUAAACGACUACCCGACGGGACGAUUUCUACGAGACGCCAAACUAUACGAGAUUGGCGCCGGCACAAGUGAAAUAAGAAGAUGGCUAAUAGGGGAGAAAAUUAACUCGCAGUUCCUUUAAUUACUCUCACUUUUAACAUAAUUUAUUACAAAUCUGUUCUCACAAUCCCUGCUUCGGGAGUUUGGCAAUAAGCUGUCUCUACUGGACGAAAGAACAAGGCGUAAAAGAAGGGUUGGUGCCGUGCAUAUAACCUUCGAGAAAAUGUGAAUGGCGGAAUCGUAUUUGAAAUAAUAUAUAUUUUUGGGUGGACUUGAA